AUGGAUAAAAGAAAACGCUCUAACUUCAAUCAAUCUAAAUAUUGGCUCGACGACUCGGAACAUUUCGAUGACAAGUCCAGCGACGAAGAUACUAAUGUAAAUCAUGAUUCUGAAGAUGCGGAAAUACCUUCUACUCUUCAAGGUACUUCUGAUGAAUCAGAUGAUGGUACGGUCGAAAAGGAUUCAGGUGAUGAAUCCGAUGAAAAUAGUGUUGAUACCGAAAGUAUGAGUGACGAGGAACCACCUAGACGUCGAGCAAAACGUAAACCACAAGUUAAACCAACACCGGUUAAAAUAUGUUCUUCAAAAUCUGGUCGACAAUGGACAUCGAAAGAACCUCACAAGAAAAAAGUUCCAAUUGCUAAUAUAUUGCGACAGCGAACUGGUGUUGGUCGACCAGCAGCAGAUAUACAAACUCUGAAAGAAGCAUUUCAACUUCUGAUCACUCAGGAAAUGGUUCUUCUUUUGGUCAAAGAAACCAACCGACGAGCACAUCUACUCUUGGAACGAUGGAGUGAAGAAAACCCUGAUGAAAAAAGUCAAUGGAGGGACACAGAUCUUGAAGAAAUGUGGGCUUUCAUUGGGCUAUUGCUCCUCGCAGGUGUUCAUCGAGCAAAAAAUGAAACUCUAGAUGAACUAUGGUCAAUGACCAAUGGACGACCAAUAUUUCGAGCAACCAUGAGCAAGAACCGUUUCAAAAGCUUGCUGCAAUUUUGCCGAUUUGACAAUACAACGACGAGAGAGGAAAGAUUGAAGGUGGAUAAACUAGCAGCAAUAAGAGAUUUAUGGACAAUGUUCUUAGCUCGCCUACAAAUAUGCUACAUGCCUGGUGGAUCACUCACCGUCGACGAACAGCUAAUACCAACUCGUGGUCGAUGCAAUUUUCGUCAAUAUAUACCUAGUAAACCAGGAAAAUAUGGGGUGAAGAUCUUCUGGUGUUGUGACUCAGAUACAGCAUAUCCUUUGAAUGCUGAAGUUUAUUUGGGACGUCAACCUGGAGCACCAACUGCAGCUAAAGAUAAAGAUCGAAUUCGUAACCUAGUAAAACAGUUGAUCCAUCCUUGGAUCAAUACAGGACGGACAAUUACCACGGAUAACUAUUUUACUAGCGCAGAGUUGUCGGAAGAUCUUCUAGGUGUUCAAACGACUUUGGUUGGAACUAUUCAACGAAAUAAGAAGGAAAUUCCACGAGAGCUGCAGCCUGAUACCCAUCGUCCUGAACAAUCAUCGAUAUUUUGUUUUGAUCGUCAGCUAACGUUAGUUAGCUAUGUACCUAAGAAAGCACAUGCUGUGAUUUUGUUAUCAUCUCUUCAUCAUGAUCAAACAAUUGUCGAUGAGAAAAAGAAAAAACCAGAAAUUAUUUUAUAUUACAACAAUACAAAAGGUGGGGUCGAUCGAAUGGAUCAGAUGGUUCAGACAUAUUCAUGUAAACGAAAAACAAAACGAUGGCCAAUGACUUUCUUCUUCAACAUAAUUGAUGUUGGUGCUCUUGCUGCUUGCAUCGUUUGGUUAACUAAAAAUCCUCAAUGGAAUGAGAAGAAAUGCUAUCGUCGACGUAUAUUUCUAAUGGAAUUAGGUUAUGAUCUCAUUCAAUCUCAUUUGGAACGACGACAACAUCAGCCACAAGCCCUUCAAAAACGCGUUCGAAUAGCUAUGCAAGCAAUUGGACUAACUGUUGCUACUUCACAACCGAAUACAGUUUCAACAGACACUGCAAAGCAGCGUUGUCAUCUUUGUCCGCGAGAGCGCGAUCGGAAAGUUGUUACUCAUUGUUCAAGUUGUAAUAUUCCCUGUUGUCCUGAUCAUCAUAAAGUUAUUUGCACUGUGUGUAGCGAAACAUUUUUAAGAUAA